AUGGAAUCUGAUAAGCCUAAUACAAGAAUGGCAGACGAUGAACUUCGGCACUAUUUUUCGGAUCUGCCUUCUGGACCUCUGGACAAGUACAGAAAGAAGGCAACAUUUGACUGGCGGCGAAUGAAACUCGUUUACGAUACAUUGGGAUCAAUUCAGUUGAAAAAUGAUAUCUGGAGUUUUAUGGAGAGACAUCCUUUAUUCCAGCACUCAGAUAAGCCUCUUUCUAUGGAUGAGCAGAGGCACAUUGCUAUCAAGAGAAUGUAUGCUUAUUAUAAUGAACGCUUCUUACCUAUGGAAAAAAUAGCCCAAGAUCCUAGAAUAUUUCAAGCAGAGGCAGAAGCACUCUUCAUGUUUGACAGUUCUUUAGCUGUCAAAGUCUCCCUUACUUUUCGAAUGUUCUCUAACACAAUCCAAGGCAGUGGUAGAGGACAUCUUUAUGAUUUUAUUGAGGAUAUUGAGAAAGCCCGAAUUGGUGGCUGCUUUGCACUAACAGAAGUUUCUCAUGGUUCAAAUGCGAAGGGUAUGAGAACAACUGCUACAUAUUGUCCAGAGAAGAAGCAGUUUAUAUUACAUUCACCAGAUUUUGAAGCGGCUAAGUUCUGGGUUGGAUGUUUAGGCAAAUGUGCAACCCACGCCAUCGUGUAUGCGAUGCUGAUAUCAAAGGGCACAAACCACGGCCUGCACUCGUUCAUUGUCCCCAUCCGUGACCCCAAGACCCUCAAGCCAUUCGCUGGCGUCAUCGUCGGUGACAUUGGCGAGAAAAUUGGUCUGAACGGUGUUGACAAUGGGUUUGUUAUGUUCGAUAACUACCACAUUCCAAAAGAUUUAGCUUUGGACAAGUUGGGUGGCGUUGAUGAUAAUGGGGAUUAUAAGACGCCAUUCCGGGAUCCCAAUAAGAGAUUUGGUGCUGCCUUAGGGGUAUUAUCAGGUGGUCGAGUGCAUAUUACUUCGAUAUCAACGAACUAUCUCCAAAAGGCGAUAGUGAUAGCUGUGAGAUAUUCCGGAGUGAGGAAACAGUUUGGCGCCGAUAAUGGUUCCGAGGAAACCACUAUCUUGGAAUAUCAACAACAGCAAAUACGUCUGCUGCCAUAUUUAGCGACUACGUACGCGUUACGUAUAUUCUGUUCGUGGUUCGGAACUGAGCACGUAAAGAUGACAAUUGACAAUAUGAUGGGAGCAACAGAUAAAGCAGCGAACAAAGGUAUAGAGAUGCAUGCUCUGUCAUGUGCUAUAAAGCCCUUAAGUGGGUGGAGCGCGCGUGACGCCAUACAAAAUUGCCGAGAAGCUUGCGGUGGGCACGGAUACCUACAAGCUGCACGUAUCGGCGACAUUCGUAACGAUAAUGAUGCAAAUUGUACGUACGAGGGUGAGAACAGUCUUCUUGUUCAGCAGACCAGCAAUUGGUUGUUAGGUCUUUGGCCUCAGAGGAAUAGUCUUACAGCAGAACAUUCGCCCCUCGGUUCCUUGGGAUUCCUGCAGGAGGUCGACAAAGUUCUAACUGAGGCCUGUAGAGUGGAAAAUGUUCAGAAUAUGAUUAGUCCUCAAAACCUAAUACAAAUAUAUAAAUGGCUCACAGCAUACACUCUUAAAAUGACCUAUGAAAAAGUAAACAAACUAAAACAGGAUGGACGAACCAAUUUACAGGCAAAGAACGAGUCACAGUCAUACAAUGCUGUCAAUUUAUCUAUUGUCUAUGGUGAGAACUUCAUCCUAAACCACUUCUACAAGACAGUGCAGCAGUUUGAAGAUAUUCCAUGUCGAAGAGUUCUAAUCAAACUUGUAUCAUUGUACGGCGCCUUCUUAUUGGAGAAACAUAUGGCGACCUUAUACAUUGGCGGUUACUUCUCAAAAGACCAAGGUUUAUUCCUACGUGAGGGGAUACUGCAACUUUGUAGUGAAAUAGCACCAGAAGCUAUUGCCCUAGUGGAUACCCUGGCGCCACCUGACUGGUGCCUAAACUCUGUGUUAGGCAUGGCUGAUGGAGAGGCAUACAAACACAUACAGAACAAUGUGAUGACCUACCCGGGAUCUAUGACGCGGCCGGAUUGGUGGAAAGACGUGGUACACUGGGACACAUACGUACAGUCGAAACUUUGA